GGCCCCAAGCAGGUGGUCCACUUCCCAGAGGUGACAAGAUUAAUCCAGGUAAUUAUGACCUAAUUACCUGGCCAGCACAGGGCCCUAUGACCCAGCAGGUGGAGUGUCUUCAUUAUACACAAUUACCUGUUACACCAAUCACUUAGGUACUGUUUGAAGUGAGAAUCUGAAGAUUCCCAAUUAACAAACUUCAAAGCCCAUGCUGGGUUAAUGUAGAGCAAAUGAAAUCAGUUAUUAAUUGCUAAAACAGCAGGACAGCAUGGGAACUAGAGUAGGAAAAGGGGACCCUGGUGUUAUAGCCCACAGUAAGGUCUCAGAGAUGGACAACAAGGAGUUAUGGAGUGUUGCUGAGAAACUUCACCAACAGAUAAUGAGUCAUGAUAGAGCUGUCCAGCAGAUGUACCUGUUAGAUUCCAAGCUUCAUGACCUUGAACAUCGACUCUCUCUCCUGAGUGGUUCCGUACGUCCACAGCUGAAGCAGCACUGGUACGUGCGCACCGGUAUGGUGGAGUGGAUUCGUGACAUGUACGAUGAAUACCGACUCAGGAAAUGGACAGACAUCCAACUUCUCAUCAACUUCAUCUUCCAGACAUACAACUCCGAGGAAGUGAUGACCAUCUUAAUCCUCGCUGACGUUACAUCACAGAGCAUAGGAAUCUUCAUGGAGAAUGAGGAGGGGGACACCUCGGACAGUGAUGGCAGUCAUUUUGGGGAGGACAUGAUGUUGGAGGAGUCGUCUGAGGGGAUCCAGGAUCUUCAUAUCAGUGGGGCAGAGGAAGAAAUGCAGGAAACCUCGUAGUUCUCCAUACUGUAAAGAGGUACCGGUGAAAGCAGGAUACCUUGUCACUCUCCAUAUUGUAAAGAUGUACCGGUGAAUGCUGGAUACCUUGUAGCUCUUCAUAUUGUAAAGAGGUACCGGUGAAUGCUGGACACCUUGUCGCUCUCCAUAUUGUAAAGACGUACUGAUGAAUACAGGAAACUUCAUAGCUCUCCAUAUUGUAAAGAGGUACCAGUGAAUGCAGGAAACCUCAUAGCUCUCAAUAUUGUAAAGUGGUGCUGGUGAUGGCUCUGUGAUAAUCUCUGUUUGACAUCUGUGAUGUGAUACCAAUUCCCAUAAUAACAGUAGAGUGACUGAAGUGCCACCAACACAUUGUAUAUGUAUGCUUAAAAGUAGCACUCUGUUUAAUCAUCCCCUUAGCAAGAUUUUCAUGAACUUUUUAUAGUAUUUACGCUCAUUUUUAUCAUAAGAACAUUUUUUUAUGACAAA